UAUAUGUGAUUGGUCCAAAAUUGAGAGCUGGGAUUAUACAGCUCUCUGCACUGCUAAAUCUCGCAGUCGAUGAAGUAGAGUCUACUCUUUUCCAUAUAGCCGAUCGAUGCUGAAUGGAUAUACAGUCAUGCAGCGAUCAUUAAUUAUAGUGGUGGUAAGAAAGCGUCGAUGAAACCGGCCACUGUCAAUAAAUAAAUGGAGUCUGCGAGGACUUCUAUGAGAAUGGGUAACAAGUGUUCUAUAAAGAGGCUGAUACGAGGUUAACUUCAUUCACUGGAAACUUCAGAUUUGGGGAACAUGAAGUUGUCUUCAGUCAGGAUGGGAGUCGUCAAGGUCAUGUUGCUCAUCUUUUUGGCCAUUCUGUUGUCUGACUGUGCAAGGGGACCUCCGCGGGUGGCUGAGAGGGUGGCCCAUAGACAGUCAGUGCACCUGGGGAGUUCCAUCAAGCUGCCAUGCCCUGUUGAAGGAGACCCGCCACCCCUCAUCAUGUGGACCAAAGACGGCCGCAACAUCCACAGCGGCUGGACACGCUUCCGCAUCCUCCGCCUGGGCCUGAAGAUCAAGGAAGUGGAGGUUGAGGAUGCUGGAACAUACAUCUGCAAAGCCACCAACGGCUUUGGCAGCGUCAGCAUCAACUAUACCCUCAUUGUCAUCGAUGACUCUGGUGUUGUUAAGACUGGGCCAGGGGUCCCUGGUGGGGUGGAGUCAGAGUAUGACCCUGACCACCUAUCAGGAAAACUAGUGCGUCCCCGCUUCACACAGCCUGCUAAAAUGAGGAAACGGGUGAUUGCCCGCCCAGUGGGGAGCUCUGUGCGGCUGAAGUGUACAGCCAGCGGUAACCCUCGGCCAGACCUUGUGUGGCUGAAGGACGACAGGCCCCUGACGGAGCGCGAGGUUGGCGAGGGGCGCCAGAAGAAGUGGACUCUGAGCCUGAGGAACCUGACCCCGGAGAACAGCGGCAGGUACACCUGCAGAAUCUCCAACCAAGCCGGAGAGAUCAACGCCACCUACAAAGUGGAGGUCAUACAGCGGACCAACUCCAAACCCAUCUUGACGGGCACUCACCCGGUCAACACCACAGUGGACUAUGGGGGGACUACCUCAUUCCAGUGCAAAGUGAGGAGCGACGUCAAACCGGUCAUCCAGUGGCUCAAGCGUGUGGAGUCCAACGAGGAGAGUCGGUACAACUCCACCAUCGAGGUGGGCGACCAUCGGUUCAUGGUGCUGCCCACGGGAGAGGUGUGGUCACGCCCUGAUGGCUCCUACCUCAACAAGCUGCUCAUCACCCGUGCCAAGGAGGAGGAUGCUGGCAUGUACAUCUGUCUGGGUGCCAACACCAUGGGCUACAGUUUCCGCAGUGCUUUCCUCACCGUGCUGCCAGACACCAAGCCACCCAUCCCCCCGAUGUCCACCCCAGCCUCCAGCACCCUACCCUGGCCUGUCAUCAUCGGCAUCCCUGCUAGCAUGGUGUUCAUCUUCGGUACAGUGCUGCUGUGGUUCUGUCAGAGUAAGAAGCACUGUUCCCCUCCCAGCACUCCGGCUGCGGCUGCCCAGGUCCUGCAGGCCUCCCACCGGCUGCCCUACCAGGAGAGGGACAGGAGCUGUGUGGCCCACUUCUCCACUUCCUCCAGCCCAGAGAAGGACUGCCUGGGCUCCAUAAACUAUGAGGAGUAUCUGGCUCAGCAGCAGCUUCUCCUCACUCAGGGGGGUUCUGCCCUACCCCCCAAAAUCUACCCCCAAAUCUACCCAGACAUCCACACUCACAUCCACUCCCACGUGGACGGGAAGGUGCACCAGCACAUUCACUUUCAGUGUUAGCCAUGUGCCAAAUAUAAUAUAAUAAUAUAUGCCAUUUAGCAGAAGCUUUUAGCCAAAGCAACUUAUAGUCAUGCGUGUAUACAUUUUAAGUAGGGGUGGUCCCAGGAAAUGAACCCACUAUCCUGAUGUAGCAAGAAACAUGCUCAACCAACUGAGCUACAGAGGACCAAAUGUAAUGUUGUCCCCUUCUCUGCGCCUCUGAAGAAUGGCAUCGUACAGUGAGGGUCUGAGCUGUGGACUGAACCUCAGAGAACAGCUCUCUGGUUACACAAAUGCUCUUUGAACUGUCACCUUGCCUGUGCUGGAUCUUGAUCUGACUGGACAUGACUAGGGCUUAAUAAUGAUAAUUUAGUAAUGUUCAACAUUCAAAUGAAGGUGAUCUUGCAUGAGCAGUUUUAGUGGUUUGUGCAUAAUGGCUGCCCUUGUGAUAUCUCAACUAAAAUAACCACAAUGAAAAUAUGUAUGGUGUUUACGCACCUGCAUACCUGCCUGGUCCUUGGUGCUACUUGUUUCAUAUCAACACCACUAAAAGACAUCAAACCCCGAUGUGCACUUUGUACACAAAUCCCCAAGGGAUUCUGCAAUGUGUUAACGGCUAUUCAGACUUACUGAGAGGGCUAUGGGUCGUUCCACCAAUUUGGUGCCCUUUGAGAAGUUUUUUUAAUUGUUAUUAUUUUUACAUUCUGUCAUAAAGAUCACAUGUUCGACUUCAUAAAAAAAAGUUUUCCCAUCUCUAAAAUUCUUAGUUGCUACAUCCAUUUUUGGAGUUUUAAAUGAAUGAUAUACACAGCACAAAACAUUAAGAACACCUGCUCUUUCCAUGACAUAGACUAACCAGGUGAAAGGUAUGAUUCCUUAUUAAAUUCCUGUUAAAUUCACUUCAAUCAGCAUAGGUGAAGGGGAGACAGGUUAAAGAAGGGUUUUUAAGCCUUGAGACAAUUGAGAAAUGGAUUGUGUAUGUGUGCCAUUCAGAGGGUGAAUGGGAUAGGCAAAAUAUUGUGCUUUUGAACGGGUAUGGUAGUACGUGCAGGUGCACCUGGUUUGUGUCAAGAACUGCAACUCUGCUGGGUUUUUCACGCUCAACAGUUUCCUGUGUGUAUCAAAAAUGGUCCACCACCCAAUGGACAUCCAGGCAACUUGACACAACUGUGGGAGGCAUUGGAGUCAACCAGUGCUGAAUUUGUCAAUCGGGAGGUGCCGGGAACAAAAAGUGAGCGUGAGAGGGGGAUUACCUGGGGAGCUCUGAGGUACCUGAACACAUGAGAAACAAUCACGCAUGUAUAUCAUCACAUUUGCGUAGUGACGUAGAGUAGAGUCAUUUACAGAAGUUGCACACAUGGGCAAAAAAAUGUUGUGGCCAAGGGUCCAGGUAUUUUUGGGCCUUUUAUAAACGCAUUUCAUGCGAUUCUACAUCAUUUUACAUGACUGGAGAUUUUUGCAUAUAUUUUUUCAAUGCCGCGUCUGGGAACUCGGAGCUGGGAAAUCUCCGACUUCCGACUUCAGUACAUUCAAGACAACUAGGAAAUCGGUUAAAAAAAAACGACCUCCGACUGGGAAAAUUAUUUAUUUAUAUUCCUUUUUUUUGUUUUACCCUUUUUCUCCUCAAUUUCGUGUUAUCUAAUUUGUAGUUACAGUCUUGUCUCAUCGCUGCAACUCCCGUACGGACUCGGGAGAGGCGAAGGUAGAGAGCCGUGCUGCUUCUUGACAAAAUGCUUGCUUAAACCGGAAGCCAGCCACACCAACGUGUCGGAGGAAACACCGUACACAUUGCGACCGUGUCAGCGUGCAUAUGCCCGGUCCGCCACAGGAGUCGCUAGAGCGCGAUGGGACAAGGACAUCCCUACCGGCCAAACCCUCCCCUAACCCGGACGACGCUGGGCCAAUUGUUCGCCGCCCCGUGGGUCUCCCGGUCGCGACAGAGCCUGGACUCAAACCAGGAUAUUUAGUGGCACAGCUAGUCUGAAAAUUAUGAUUUCUAGGAUGUUGGUAAAAGCCACUGGUUAGUAUCAAAGCAAGGAAACAAAACACAGCCGAUUUCAAUUAUUUACGACAACAGCCCUAAUGUUGGAAUCAAUCAUUGUCAUCCAGUCACAUUUAUGAUCCUGUUCUAGCAGGAUCCGGCUGAAAUUAAGCACCGAAGUCAACAUGGGCCAGCAUCCCUGUGGAACUCUAGUGUCAAUGCCCUGAAUAAUUGAGGCUGUUCUGAGGGCAAAAGCGGGUGCAACUCAAAAUUAGGAAGUUGUUCCUAAUUUGUAUACUCAGUGUAUAUUCAUAGAUAAAAAAAUAAAAAAAGAAUAUAACGUAGAAAUGCCUCACGAGUUUAGUUAAGCUGUCGUACCCCAUCAGAACCCAAAAAGAUAAUCUUAUUUUACUCCAAUGUUUGUAAAAUAAAAAAAUAAAAAAGUAAAUGUAAAGAAAAAAAAAAGUAUAGCCUCAAAACAUGAAUUUGUAUAUAAUGGAUGGUCAGUUCUUGCAUCCAUACCUCUGCUUAUGAAUUUGAGAGUGGUUACAUUUCUCCAGGCACAUCCCUCAGCUUAUAACUAGGGUUUAAGAUUGAUGGUGAAAACUUGGUGAAAUAUUGGGGUUAAGUGGGUUAAAAUCUUCCUAGAAGUCACAUAGGGUGCAUGGAGGGAUUCUCCAAGUUGUCUAUAUGAAAGGGGUAUUUCAUUUAUUAUAACAGGUUUUUAAAAUCCAAUAUUGUACUCAAGAGGCACUCAUUUCAUGGAACAACCCAUAUCCAUCAGUAACUGUGCUGUUUACCCAUCUCAACUAACCUAGAGGGGUUAGGGCCAGUUUAGACCUUUACCUCUAAACCUGUUGUAGGGCACACGAUACAGUACUUAAGCUCUGCUAGGUGAUGAUGUUGAAGGAUGCAUGGAAUAUAAUACAAAAGGGCUGGUUUUACACUCAUACUCAGGUAGUCCCUUUGAUGAAAAAAAAAAGUUCAUUGUUUGAAUGCACAUCUAUUUAACCCUGACCACUAGUGUCCAUCAAUAAUCCUGUUUCAUUUCACUCACAGUCACCCCUGAAGGCCUCGAAGGGCUAUAUGAAAAAUCGAUAGGUAGCAUUUUUUGGGGGCAUUUGAAUCAUGUCCAUAUCGAAGACUGCAAGGAAUAAUAUUGCACCAAUGUUGACUGUUUGACUAGACUCACUACAUAUCACUGCCGGAAUCCAAAUGUUACUUAGGUUACCACCACUACUAGCCUUUUGUAUGUGUUUUAUAGAAUCCUUGCAAGAGGUAUGAGGUCAAAAAUAUCCCCAGUGUUGCAGUGAAUAUAUAUAACACCAUAAUAAUGAGUACUUGGGACCGCAGUCUAAUCCAACAACAAUUGAUAUAGAUGUAGUCAUUUUAUAUGCAUUUUAAAAGAGAUGUGUAUUUAAUUUAUUUUGUUAUGGAAAUGUAUUGUUUAUUUUUCAAAGUCAGGCAUUUUGAAUAUGUUGAAUGUGUAAGAUUAUAUUUACUGUAGUUGCAAUGUAAAGUAUACAGUGCAUUCGUAAAGUAUUCAGACCCCUUGACUUUUUCCAAUUUUGUUACGUUACAGCCUUAUUCUAAAAUGUAUUAAAUUGUUUUUUUUUCCUCAUCUACACAGAAUAGCCCAUAAUGCAAAGCAAAAACAAGUUUAGACAUUUUAGCAAAUUUAUAAAAAAAUUGAAAACUGAAAUUACAUUUACAUAAGUAUUCAGACCCUUUACUCAGUACUUUGUUAAAGCUUCUUUGGCAGCGAUUACAGCCUCGGGUCUUUGGGUAUGACGCUACAAGCUUGGCACACAUGUAUUUGAUGAGUUUCUCCCAUUCUUCUCUGCAGAUCCUCUCAAGCUCUGUCAGGUUGGAUGGGGAGCAUCGGAGUACAGCUAAUUUCAGGUCGGGUUCAAGUCCAGGCUCUGGCUGGGCCACUCAAGGAUAGAGACUUGUCCCGAAGCCACACCUGCAUUGUCUUGGCUGUGUGCUUAGGGUUGUUGUCUUGUUGGAACGUGAACCUUCACCUGCUCUGGAGCAGGUUUUCAUAAAGGAUUUCUCUGUACUUUUUUUUAGGGGGUGUAUCAGCCUUUUCUCUGUAAUUUGCUCUAUUCAGCUUUCUCUCGAUCCUGACUAGUCUCCCAGUCCCUGCCACUGAAAAACAUCCCCACAGCAUGAUGCUACCACCACGCUUCACCGUAGGGAUGGCGCCAGGUUUCCUCCAGCCAUGACGCUUGACAUUCAGGCCAAAGAGUUCAAUCUUGUUUCUCAUGGUCUGAGUCUUAGGUGCCUUUUGGCAAACGCCAAGCUGGCUGUCAUGUGCCUUUUACUAAGUUGUUCCGUCUGGCAACUCUACCAUAAAGGCCUGAUUAGUGGAGUGCUGCAGAGAUGGUUGUCCUUCGAGAAGGUUAUCCCAUCUUCAGAGGAACUCUGGAGGGCUGUCAAAAUGACCAUCUGGUUCAUGAUCACCUCCCUGACCAAGGCCCUUCUUCCCCAAAUGCCCAGUUUGCCUGGGUGACCAGCUCUAGGAAGAGUCUUGGUGGUUCCAAACUUUUUCCAUUUAAGAAUGGAGGCCACUGUUAUUGGGGACCUUCAAUGCUGCAGACAUUUUUGGGGGACCCUUCCCCAGAUCUGUGCCUUAACAGUCUCGGAGCCCUACGGACAAUUUCUUCGACCUCACGGCUUGGUUUUUGCUCUGACAUGCACUGUCAACUGUGGGACCUUACAUAGACAGGUAUGCGCCUUUCCAAAUCACAUAGAAUCAAUUGAAUUUACCACAGGUGGACUCUAAUCAAGCCGUGGAUAAACAAAUGCAAACAGGAUGCACCUGAACUCAAUUGAGUCUCAUAGCAAAGGGUCCGAAUGCAUGUGAAUAAGUUUAUUUUUAAUACAUUUGCAAAACAUUUAAAUAAACUGUUAGCUUUGCCAUGGGGCAUUGUGUGUAGAUUGAGGAAUAAGGCUGCAGCGUAACAAAAUUAGGAAAAAGUUAAGGGGUCUGAAUACUUCCAAAUGCACUGUAUUUCAUAUAUUAAAGGUAGACUCAGCGACAUGACAUUUCCACAAGCAGCAACGCAGAUAUGUAUAUGAGCGAGAUGCAAGACCGCUCUGUCACAGUGCCUGCACAUUUUUUUAUUGAAUGUUUAUUUAAACUAGGCAAGUCAGUUAAGAACAAAUUCUUAUUUUACAAUGACAGCCUACCCCGGCCAAACCCGGACGAUGCUGGGCCAAUUGUGCGCUGCCCAUGUGCAGGGGUUCACUUCAUGCUGUUCACAGCGUGGUAGCCACAGGAUCAAAACAGUGGAGACAUUGAGCCUCAUGCUUCAACACUCUUUGUUGCUGAAAUUGACCCACUGCGGUUUACUUUCUGCUGAGUCUACCUUUGACAUUGCCAACCAGGUUACUCAUAUUUAGUUUAUACAAGUACUUACAGUUGGUUAUGUUUCACAAUCUUAUCAAUGUACACCAUUGAAAGUCAUUUGAAGUUUGAUUAAAGGACAAGCAAAUGUA